GACGUAAGAGAGCGAAUCCUCGCUUCAUAACAAACUGUGCCGACCAGCUGAUACCAGAAGGCAGCGCGAGUUCAUCGUGUCCAGGGUGUCCGACGGGAGGCGGAAUUUGGACAAACGACUACCGGCUAAUUACUGUUUAUAUAAACGAAGGGAUGUCGGACGAGGCAGAGCUGACACACACCUCGGACAGAGGAAUGAUAAGGUCAGGAUGGCUUUCAAGUUGGCUUCCAACUUGGUGCCCCACGUCCAUGUGUCAACUUGAAGAAGCUGAAGAGAAAAUACUAAAGCGUAUUAAAAGCCCCUGCACUAAAGAACACAUGGUAAUAUCUGACGGAAAUAAGAUAUGGACCUUAUCAUUUACUGAAACAUUAUCAGAUAAAACUCCGCUUGUUUUGCUGCAUGGGUUUGGUGGUGGGGUUGGACUGUGGGCUCUCAAUUUUGAGGCACUUUGCAAGGACAGACCUGUAUAUGCAUUUGACAUUUUGGGAUUUGGCCGUAGUAGUAGACCUCUUUUUGAUGGAGACGCGAGAAAAGCAGAAGAAAAAUUUGUCCAGUCUAUAGAAGAAUGGAGGAAUGCUUUAGAUUUGGAGCAUAUGAUUUUACUUGGACAUAAUCUGGGUGCAUUUUUGGCAUCUGCCUACUCCUUGAAAUACCCUUCUCGGGUAAAAAGUCUAAUUUUAGUGGAACCAUGGGGAUUUUCAGAACGAUCAGACAAUGUUGAUGAGGAAAGACCAAUUCCAAUCUGGAUCAGAGCAGUUGGAGCCAUGCUGAGUCCAUUUAACCCACUGGCAGGACUUCGCUUAGCAGGGCCGUUUGGACUAAGCCUGGUUCAACGUCUGAGGCCUGAUUUCAAGAAAAAGUUUUCCUCGCUGUUUGAUGAUGACACUGUAACUGAAUAUAUUUACCACUGCAAUGCACAGACACCAAGCGGUGAGACUGCUUUCAGGAAUAUGACUGUUUCACAUGGCUGGCCACGAAGACCAAUGCUGCAUCGUAUUGACAAACUGCACCCAGACAUUCCAAUCACUGUGAUCUAUGGUGCCCGAUCUUGCAUCGACGGAAGCUCUGGCAACAAUCUCCCUUUACUGCGUCCAAAUUCCUAUGUGAACACCAUUGCAAUUCUUGGAGCUGGUCAUUAUGUUUUUGCUGAUCAGCCAGAAGACUUCAAUCAAAAAGUAUCAGAGAUCUGUGAUUCUGUGGAUUGAGAGAUUAAGACCGCUAACCCUCUUUCCUAUGGGCACUCGUUCCAGCUUGUCAGAAGGAUGCAAACAAAACAAUGCAGAUAGAGCACUUUAAUUGCUAUGUGCUUCCUGAUUACUGGUGCUUUUUCCCCGUUUUUAUAAAGACACUUGCACAUUGAACCAGAAUUGUGCCUUUUGUAGGAAUUCAAAUUAGUAGUGCUGUACAGCUUUUACAACAAUUUUCAGAGUGUUUAUAUUUAUAAGUUAAAUUUCUAAGGAAAUAUAUAUAUUUACAGAACAAUAUUCAUACCUGUUAACUGGGGGAAAAAAGGUCCUGUGUUGAAAUAUUCCAAGAACUUCUCUCCCUUUAAGGUGUAAGCUUUAUACUCCAUGCAUGUUGUGACAAUGUCACUACUGAGUAAUUCUAUGCACACUGUUAUUUUAUUUAUCGUUUUAAUGUUUUUAUUGUGAAAUAGGUGUCUGUGCCAAUUGAUGCAUAUAAGAAAGAUGCAUGGGUGACUAGAUAUAUGUUAAGGUGGUUGGUUUCUUGACUGUGAAAUCACACCAUAAACACAACGCUCUUGACAUUUCACCUAGCCCCUAAAGGAUGAAACGCUCACACCGUCAAAAUUUCAGUAUGGAUUAUGUUGGUUGUUUGGUAUUCAGUUUUAUUGAGAAUGCCACUAAAACCAGUAUAAAGUAUUUGGUGUGUCAGUUUCUUUGUGUGUUUGGGCACCUUUUGUGCGAAGGUGUGUUUUCAUAGGUGCCAAUAUCAAUGAAAAUCCUCAUGGCUGAAAUUCUGCUGCUGUUGAAUUUGUUGUGUGUUCCCAAGGCUGCAUUUGCACAUUUUUCAGCCCAUUGCUUUUUGGGAAGUGUGUGUUUUAUAUGGAUGCAUGGUUUUGUUCUCACUCAUUUUUCAUUUUAAUAAAGUUCAUUUAGGCAACUGGAACAAGUCAAUAUUUCAUUGAAAUAAUUUUAAUUCAAACUGAUGCCUAUAAAAUUAUUUUUUUUUUUCCUCUGAAAAAGUUGGAGUAGUAAAGGUGUGGAAGUGUAUGGCAGCUAUGCUUGUUUUACUACAACCCGCACAUUUGCACUCUGUCCUUCAAAGUGUGGCAGUUCUAAGUUAGUCACUGGGGAGUUAAGGAAGUCUGUAAAUCAGUUAUAAUUCAUCAAUUAUUUUAUACUGACUUUUUUACUACAAAACUGUCAGGGUUAUUUACUAAACUGAAUUUCAAAUGUAAGCAGAGUAGCUUGAAGCAAAGCUGAUUUAGAGAUUUGUUUUUCCAUUUUGGCUAUUGUCACCGUAAAGUUUGAAUUCUCAAUUUAAUGAAUAACCCUGUGGGAAAUGUCUAGAUCCGAUAUGAAGCCUGCAGGCUAACAGAAGGGUGACCGUUAAAGCUGUUGCACUAAAAACUCUCUUGUCUAAAGCCAUUACUUGAAGUACAGCCCUGAUGU